AUGAACGACCUCCUCACUGUUCUCAUGAACUAUUUCAACACUGUUCUCAUGUAUGACCUCCUCACUGUUCUCAUGAACUAUUUCAUCAUUGUUCUCAUGAACGACUUCCUUACUGUUCUCAUGAACUAUUUCAUCAUUGUUCUCAUGAACGACCUCCUCACUGUUCUCAUGAACUAUUUCAACACUGUUCUCAUGUAUGACAUCCUCACUGUCCUCAUGAACUAUUUCAACACUGUUCUCAUGAACGACCUCCUUACUGUUCUCAUGAACUAUUUCAACACUGUUCUCAUGUAUGACCUCCUCACUGUUCUCAUGAACUAUUUCAACACUGUUCUCAUGAACGACCUCCUCACUGUUCUCAUGAACUAUUUCAACACUGUUCUCAUGUAUGACCUCCUCACUGUUCUCAUGAACUAUUUCAUCAUUGUUCUCAUGAACGACUUCCUUACUGUUCUCAUGAACUAUUUCAUCAUUGUUCUCAUGAACGACCUCCUCACUGUUCUCAUGAACUAUUUCAACACUGUUCUCAUGUAUGACCUCCUCACUGUUCUCAUGAACUAUUUCAUCAUUGUUCUCAUGAACGACUUCCUUACUGUUCUCAUGAACUAUUUCAUCAUUGUUCUCAUGAACGACCUCCUCACUGUUCUCAUGAACUAUUUCAUCACUGUUCUCAUGAACGACCUCCUCACUGUUCUCAUGAACUAUUUCAUCAUUGUUCUCAUGAACUAUUUCAUCACUGUUCUCAUGUAUGACCUCCUCACUGUUCUCAUGAACUAUUUCAUCACUGUUCUCAUGUAUGACCUCCUCACUGUUCUCAUGUAUGACCUCCUCACUGUUCUCAUGAACUAUUUCAUUAUUGCAUGUAUGACCUCCUUACUGUCUUUCAUAAGCGUUUCAAAGUCUCCUUUACUCAUUACUUCAAUCUCAUGCUGUUCACAAUAG